AUGGAGGAGCUGCCGAAGAACAACCUCCUCAUUGUUAUGCCAAGCCUCUGCCUCGUGUUAUUCCUCGCUGCCCUGGACCAGACGAUUAUUGCCACGGCACUGCCGACCAUUGCGGGGCAGUUCAACGCCACACCGUCGCAGUACUCGUGGAUUGUUACGUCGUACCAGCUCGCGAUGACGCUCCUCACUCCGGUAAACGGGCGCGUGUCCGACAUCGUGGGCCGGAAGCCGAUGCUCUACGUCGCCAUCGUGGUGUUUACGGUAUUCUCGGCGCUGUGCGGCGCGGCCCAGAACGUCGAGUGGCUCAUCGUCUGCCGUGCGCUGCAGGGCCUGGGCGGCGGCACGAUCAUGGGCCUGGUCAGCAUCAUCGUGAGCGAUAUUGUACCGCUCGAAAAGCGCGGGAGCUACCAGGGCUUUAUGGGUGCGUCGUGGGGCGUUGCCGCCGUCGUGGGGCCCAUCCUCGGCGGCGCAUUCACACACAUGUCCCGUAGCGGCUGGCGCUGGUGCUUCUACAUCAACCUCCCGACGGCGGGCGUCGCGUUCGUCCUCCUCGUGCUGUACCUCAAGCUCAACAAGCCGCGAAACCACACGUUCGACGAGCUGCGGCGCACAUUCGACUUCCUCGGCCUCUUCCUCAUCAUGGUCGGCAGCGCACUCCUCAUUGUCGGCUUCAGCUUCGCUGCCGACCACGGGUUCGGGUACACACCGAGCAUCGCGCUCAUCGUCGUCGGCGGCGUGCUCUUCUGCGCCGCCAUCGUCAACUGCCUCGUGACAAAACGCACCGCCGUCAUCCCUGCCCGCCUCUUCAAGACCCGCACGACGCUCUUCUACACCAUCGCGUCGACGCUGCACGCCGCGGCCUUUAUCCCGUGCAACGUGCUCCUCCCGCAAUUCUUCCAGGGCGUGCACGGCGCCGACGCUUUGCAAGCCGGCAUCCAGCUGCUGCCCUUCGCCAUCUUCGUGUCGUGGAGCACGGUGGUGGCGGGCCAAAUCCAGAGCCGGCUGCGCAUCGUCCGCCCCGUCACGUGGUUCGGGUACGCGGUGGCCGCGCUCGGCUUCGGCAUCCUCUACGGCUUUUGGGACUGGGACCUCAAGCUGCCGGUGCAGCACGGGACGUCGAUCGUGCCCGCUGUCGGCCUCGGCCUCUCGCUCCAGUCGCCCAUGUUGAUUCUGCAGGCCGCGAUGCCGCUCAAAGACAUGGCGGCCGUCACGUCGGCGUGGGUGCUCACGCGCAGCAUCGGCGGCUCCGUCGGCGUGUCCGUGUACACGGCCGUGCUCAACUCGGACAUGCGCUCGCAGUUCGCAAAGGUCCAGGACAGGUGGGGCGGGGGCGCGCGCGUGCCCACCUCCGCGGCGGGGUAUGAGAUCAUCCACGCCCUCCCGGACGGGCCGAUGAAGGAGGACAUCUUGCGCGCGUUCGCGGACAGUUUCAAGCCCUGUUGGAUUAUGGCGAUGGCUCUCCUCAUCUUCUGUCUUACCAUCACCGUGCCGACGCGCGCGUACUCGCUUAAUCGCCCGCGUGGCGCGGCCGCGAAGGCUGACAGCGCCGAGGGCGAGACGCCAGAGAGCGACGAGGCACGCCUCGAGGCCAAGGUCGCGGAGGAGCAGGAGCGGGUGGCGCAGGGCGAGAAGGGUGUGAGUGGUGAGCCGAUUAGUGUCGCGAGCACGCCGACCGCCGCCUCCAACGCCGCCUCAACGGAGAAGGAACGUGCGCCCGAACUCGAACGGGGGCGGGGGGUGGAAGCAACGCAGUAA